UUUUCAAUCACAAAAGAAUUCAUCUUGAGAUUCAACCAAACAAAAAAUCCAAAAGAGAAGAAAGAAUUGUUGGACCUAGCUAGAAAAAACAUUCUAAGAUGUAAGAGAAAAUUGGGUCUCAAAACCUUAGGCUCUGGGAAGCAUGUACAUCUUCCUACUGCAUGGACGGAAGUAAUAUAUCUCGCUCAGUGCAAAGGAGAAAUCCAAGACGAAGCUUUAAAUAUGCUUUAUGCUUCCCUGGACCAUGCUUCCUUUGAUUAUGAUCAUCUGCCUACCUUAUUUUUUGUUGCGGAAUCAGUUUUAUAUAGACUCUGUUGUGAUGCAUUCCAAAAGACAUACUUAUAUUCAGUUGAAAUAAAGCUGAUAAAGAUUGGCUAUUUGGUCUUCUUACGACUUUUUAUAUAUUUCCUGCAUGGUCACCUAGAAAGUUUUAAACAACAUUUAUUUAGGCUUCAACCAUAUUUAUACGCACUUUGUUUCUCUGGAGAGUCAUAUUACAAGUAUCCAAACAUCUUUUCAAAUGUGCAAUUCAUUCUGAAAACCAUGGAAAUUAUAUGCAAAAGAGAACUCCCCUCUGGAUCAAUUUUUAGCCCUGUGGAAAACAAGAAAAGCUAUAAGAACAUAGAUUCUGAUAUGGGAGGAUAUGAAGUUAACCACCUGCUCUGGCACUGUGUUGCUGCCUGGUCAUGUGUUCGGAAGAAUAGUCCUCAGCUGAAUAAGGUGCUUGAACAUCUCAUCUUUCAUAAAGUGAAGCUUCAAAAGAAAUGCUGGUAAGAGGGAUUCUAUAAAU